CACGGCCCCCCGUGUCCUCCUGGCCGGCAUGUGGCGGCUGCUGCCGCCCACCGCCCUGCUGCUGCUAGCUUCGGCCGGCACGCGGGCUGAGGGCCUCCCGAAGGCCGAGCUGUCCCUGAGCCCUGAGUGGGACAGGCUGCUGGAGCAGGACCCCGUGACGCUGACGUGCCGGGGCAACCGCGUGGAGGAGGACAGCUUCGCACGCUGGUGGCACAACGGGACCCUCCUGCCCUGCCAGGCCUCCAGCCUCUCCAUCGCGGCGGCCCGCGUGAACGACAGCGGGGAGUACCGGUGCCGGACCAACCGCUCCGCGCUCAGCGACCCGCUGCGCCUCCAAGUGGUCGCCGCCUGGCUGGUGCUCCAGGCCAGACGCUGGGUGGUCCAGACGGGGGACCCCAUCGUGAUGAGGUGCCACAGCUGGAAGAACCUGACUGUCUACAGGGUCCAGUUUUUCCAGAACGGCAGAGGCAAGAAGUUUUCUCGCCACAACUCGGAGUUCCACAUCCCGGCAGCAACCAGCGAGCACAACGGCUCCUACUUCUGCCGGGGGAUGAUCCAGGACCGGCGGAACGAGUCCUCCGAGGCCGUGCAGGUCAUCGUGCUAGGUGUGGCAACCCCACCUGCCCCACCUGGGAAGCUGGCGAUCGUCAGCCUGCUGCCGGGGCUCCUGUUUGUCUUGGACACGGGGCUGUACCUCUCCGUGCGGAGAGACCUUCGACGCGCCCUGAAGAAAGGGAGAAGUGACACAACCACACGGAGCAAGAGCCCUGAGGACAAGCAGGAGCAGUGAGAGCAGCAGCUCGGGACCCGCUCCGUGGUCCCCCGCACCCACCUCUGGGGAGAGCAGGAAACCUGCACCUCAGGGCGCAGGCUGAGGGCCCUUCGCCCAGCUCCAUUUUCUCUCCGUCUCCAGUGAAAAAGAAAGGCCUAAUUUUUAAAAAUCCUGCUGUCACUUUUCGUGCUCAAUCUGGUUCCUAAAGUUUGCUUUUAAUUAUAGUCGACAUACACUGUUA